AUGGAAAAGGUGGUUCUGCCCAACGGUGAAGAGCGUGAGAUCGAAAUCAAGAACGCGCUAUAUGUUCCAAGUAUGAGCAAGAAUCUGCUCUCGGUGCCACAGAUUAACAGCCAUGGCAAGUUUCAAGUCGUGUUUGACGGGUCCAAGAUGUAUGUGACUCUCAAGAACUCACAGCAAGUGGUGGCGACAGCGGAUCUCGUGGAUGGACUCUACUGGCUUCGGACGACUCAACGAUCAGCGAAUGUGACAACAAGUGGAACCAGUUGUGCCGAUCUACAUGCGAGAAUGGGUCAUGCUCCAGUCGAUGUACUUCGCAAGAUGAUCGCGACCAACAUGAUCAAGGAUGUGCGAGUCCCUCUCAAGUCGGGUGGAGCAACUACAUGUCGAGGAUGUCAACAAGGGAAAAUGGUCCAAAAACCAUUUCCAAGCAACCGAGACAAGCGCAGCUACGAUACGUUUGAGCUACUUCAUCUGGACAUCUGCGGGCCCAUGGAAAAGGAUUCGCUCGGUGGCAGCAAAUAUUUGCUGCUGAUCAUCGACGAAGCCAGUGGAUGCAUGAAGGGCUUUUGUCUACGAGUGAAGUCCGAGAGUGAAGACUACAUCCGGAAAUAUAUCACCAUGGUACAGACGCAAUUCUGUAAGAAGGUCAAGUUCGUGCGACACGACGGAGCUCGCGAGUUUGCAACCAACUCGCUUCAACUGUUCUACGAAGACGAAGGCAUUGAACAGCAGACAACGGUGCCGUAUGCACAUCAAACAAACGGAACAGCAGAGCGUGCCAUUAGGACUAUUGUCACGAUCGGCCGCAGCAUGCUUCAUCAUGCCAAACUGGACAAGUAUUUCUGGGCCGAAGCAGCGAUGACGGCCAUCUACGUCAAGAAUCGACUGCCGUCACCUAAAGUCGUGCACAAGACCCCGUUUGAGAUCGUCUACAACUUGAAACCAAGCGUCAAGCACAUGCGAACAUUCGGGUGUCAGACAUACAUACUGACGCCUAAAGAGAAUCGACUCAAGUGGGAUCCAAAGGCUCGCGCUGGCAUAUUCGUGGGCUACGAAGAAGUUUCGAAGGCAUAUCGUGUUUAUGACAUCGAGGCGGGGCAGGUGGUUAUCAGCCGCGAUGUCAACUUCGACGAGUCCACCUUUGGACUUCAACUGCCGAUCACUGAUGAAGAUGUCGAUGACCUGGACUUCGAAUUGCUGGAUCUUGAUGACGAAGAGCUGCGUCAAAUGGAGUACAAGCAAACAGGCAAGCGCAAGAACCGACUCAAUGAUGAAGAUACAGCAGCUCCACGACCGCGUGCAGUGCGUCAACGACCAGGACUAGAAGAGUCAAGCGCGCCGGAAAACAACUCGUCACGACAAGAAGAAGACGAAGAAACGAAGGAUUCUGGUGAUUCAACACCGCCUGUGUUUUGGCGUGCGAGUGCAAAUGCCGUUGAAGCAGCAGUGGACUUAUCAGAACCCUCAACAUUUGAAGCAGCAGUAAGCGGCCCUGACCAAGUGCACUGGAGAAAAGCAAUUCAUGCAGAGCUCGAGUCAAUGCGACUUCGCGGUGUGUUUCGUGCAGCCAAGCUGCCCAACGGACAACGCGCCAUUGGCACAAAAUGGGUGUUCAAGAUCAAGCGCAAGGCGGAUGGGUCAAUCGAGAAGUACAAGGUGAUGAACUUUAGACUUCUUGGUCCGAGUGCAAAACGCAAAGUGAAUAUAUAUUUAUAA